GGGGAAGAAGAGGACGAAGAUGAAACCGGAAAAGAUGAAGCUGCUGAUGAUGAAGAUGAUUGUUUCUUUGUUCCUCAUGGCUACCUUUCAGAUGACGAGGGUGUUGAGGAGGCGGAAAUUGAUCCUCUUUCUGAAGGUGGCUUCGCAUCAGAAGCACUCGAAAUGAAGAAGUUACGCCAACGCUUAUCAUUAGUUGAGUAUGAAGCGGCUCAUAAACGUGGCCUUCAGAAACUACGCUCCGUUUGUAUCGGCCCUGUCUGGCUAGCUGAUCCUCCGGUUGUGAAUGUUGAGGAUCUGACCAAUCAUUUACAGGCAGACCCGACGGCACCCGCAUCUGCUGCUGAAGCGACGAGUUACUUAGACUUUAAAAUAGACGUAGAGGAGAAUAAAGAAAAUGUCGAG